AAAAUGUCAACCUAAGUUAAGUCCAUCAGCAAGUAAUUAGACCUGAAUCAAUAUAUGUCAAUCAGAACACAACACCGAAUCAACACAAUAAUGACAAAUAAAAUACAGAAACGUGUAAAAUGGCGACCAUUUCCGCGACUGCAUACCCUACACACACACAUGUGGCUGCUCCCAGUGUUAUUGUUUCAAUUGCUUUUGAGCCUGCAAAAAGCAACCGCUUUUUGUCCAUCAAAAUGUCAGUGUGUCGGUGGUGAAGCAAACAGCCGCGCCUACUGUAUCGAUGCAGCAUUGGAGGAUGUGCCCAUACAACUUAAUCCCGAAACGAAAUACAUUAAUCUGACACUUAAUAAAAUACGUAACCUACAAUUUGCAUUGCCUUUCUACAUGAAAUUGGAGGUACUCGAUUUGUCACAGAACAUUAUAGAGACAUCGGGCUCAAAGAAUUUCGAAUAUCAAACAGAAAUGCGUACAUUAAAUUUAAGCCGCAAUUCAGUGAGUUCACUGCAAAAGGAGGCUUUCAAAGGACUACAAAAUUUGUUAUUGCUAGACUUAAGUUAUAAUCGCAUUGAAAUAGUACAUGCAACAGCAUUUUCAGAUCUAAGAUCGCUAAUUGAAUUAGACCUAACUAAUAACAACAUUGUAAGCUUAGAGAGUAAUUGUUUUCACAAUAUGAUGUCCUUAGAGAUUUUAAUCUUCAAGAACAAUCAAUUACUUGACGUGCCAGCCAACAAUCUGCAGCAUUUGCAUGCACUUAAGUCAUUAGAUCUAUCCGUAAACCUAAUUGAGUAUGUGCGUAAUGAUAGCUUUGAUGACUUAAAGGAACUCAUGGUGCUCACAAUGCGUGGCAAUGUUAUAUCAGAAUUGGAUUUAAGCGCAUUCGAGGGUUUAAUAGCGCUAAAGCAUUUGGACUUGGCCGACAAUAAUUUGACGAUGGUACCCACGCAACAGUUAUCGAAGUUAUCGAAUCUUACCUAUUUAUCAUUGAGCGGAAAUCGAUUUACAAAUCUUCCUGCCGUUGCAUUAUUAAAUUUAUUCCAUCUACAAGAAUUACAUUUGAGCCGUCUGGAUCGCUUAAACCGUAUUGAUUCAAGAGCUUUUGUCGACAACACACAUUUGCAGUCGCUCCAUCUUACCAGCAAUCAACUGCUAUCCGAUCUACCAAUGCGUCUCUUUCAGGGCAAUCCUAAUAUUGUAGAAAUCUUCAUGCAGGGCAACAAUCUGCAAACUCUGUACGCUGCACAAUUUCCUGUAGAUCAAUUGGAGAAAUUACAUUUGGGAGACAAUCCUCUGCAGUGUAAUUGCUCAUUGCUUUGGUUAUGGCGCUUAGUUACUGGCAAAUUCGAUGGAGACCAAAAUCCACACAUAACACACGAUAGCGGUGGUGCCGCUGUAGCCGCCUUGGGUGUUACAAAAGAAGGCAUAGAAGCCAUAGGCUCAACUGCUGCCUAUGUAGCACAACAUAAGCCCAACAAAAUACACACACAAACUGAAGAGACCAUCGCACAUAGCAGCAAUACUGGUACUUUUCCAAAGCUUGAUGCGGAACGCAUCAGUUGUGAUGUUUGGCAGGAUAAUGUGCGUACACGUCGUCAUUUGGCUGCGAUGUCAGAAAGUGAAAUAACAUGUCCCGCGCAUAUAGUGACUAUAGUCUGUGCAGUACUCACUUGUCUGUUGGUCAUUUUAACUGUCGCCAGUAUUGUUUUCUAUUUGCGUUUCGUCAAGCGACGCAGAAAAUUAUUACACGAUCGCAAUAUACGCAGUAGCAAAUCAAUUGUCAAUGUGCACGAUCGAAUUUUACAACAUCAGCCCUUAAGCGGUAAUAGCAGUGCGGGUUUAGUUGGUGGUAUGACCUAUCCACAUCAUACAUUGCAACCGCAAGCAACACAUCAUGCUAUGCAUCCCUUGCAUCAUCAUGAGUAUCAUCAAACACUACCACAGGUAGAUAAGCUAGAGUUGGAACGCUAUUUGGCCGCACAGACUAUAGCCAAUGAGUAUCGUGCACUCAAGCCAUGGGAAUUGCCAGUCAAGGAUGUGGGAUACACAGAUGAACCAGAACAUUUAUAUGAGAAAUUCGAUCAUUAUGAAUAUCCUGAUACGCAAUCAAUGACCAAAUCAAAACAAGCAUCACUUACAUCGGCCAAUGGUGGCAUUAUGAGUGGCACCGGCGGCACACCGGCCAAGCCACAUGUAGUCUACGUAUGACUCACACGAAACACCAAUGCUGAUAUGGAAGAAUUUAAUAAUUGCUUAAAUAAUAAUUAUAAUAGUUAUGUGAAAUUAGUUUAGAGCGUGGAAUAAACACAGGGACACACACGAGUACAGUGGAACAAAUGUUAAAAUAAGUUGUUAUAUUAUGUUUUAUAUUUAAGUAAAAAAUUGU